GGAGAGGGAGGAGAUUCUGUAGUCUGCAAAGUAAUCUGCCUGCAUGUGUUCUGCUCCACUCUGCUCUCUCCAUUGCUGAGGUUCAGACUCCUGUCACCGAUCAACUCAGCUCCUGUUCUUUCGUUGCCAUGCUCUCUCAAUCUGCUGCUUUCUUUAUCGUCACUCCUUCUCUCUAUUCUCAUCUCCAUUUCACCUUUCUGUUUUACACACUUUUUAAUUCAUCUCUCAUUUUAUAAUCUUUGUCAUUCUCUCAUUCUUUCAUCUCUCUAUUUUCAUCUUUCCCCCAUCCCCACUAUCUAUCUAUCCAUCUAUCUAUCUUUUCCUUUCUUUCACUUUCUUUUUGGAGGCUGUCAGUUGAUAGCAGUGCAGGAGGCUAACAUCAGCAGAUGUCUGGAGAAAAUGACUGCUUGAUCAGUUUGGGGGCUGGCUGACGCAAAAGAGAGGAUCUGGGAUUUAUUCUGUUUUCCACCACCUGCCCGACGCUAGACUCUGACUACAUCCCCUGAGCUGUUCUUUCACAGCAAAGAAAGACAACAAGACAGCAGAAUGGGGACAGUAAAGUUUCACUUAAACACUACAAGAACCAACUAAGAGAACUAACAACUACGUGAUGAAUUCCACAGACCACCAAGGGUUGAUCUCUGUGGGCUAUACCAGGAACCUCAGCACUGCUGGGACUCUGGGAACCCUCAACAAAGACUCAGAGGGCGUUGGUAUCAAGGACUCCUCAACGGGAUGUUACGAGCAGCUCCUCAUCUCCACCGAGGUCUUCCUCACACUGGGGAUCGUCAGUCUAUUGGAGAACAUCCUGGUGAUUGCCGCCAUCAUCAAGAAUAAGAAUCUCCACUCUCCCAUGUACUUAUUCAUCUGUUCUUUGGCUGUGGCAGACAUGCUGGUCAGCGUCUCCAACGCCUCCGAGACCAUCGUCAUCGCCCUGAUCAACGGCGGCAACUUGACCAUCUCCGGGUCGCUCAUAAAGAGCAUGGACAACGUGUUCGACUCCAUGAUCUGUAGCUCACUGCUGGCGUCAAUCUGUAGUCUCUUGGCCAUCGCCAUAGACCGCUACAUCACCAUAUUCUACGCGCUGCGCUACCAUAACAUUGUGACGGUAAAGCGAGCGAUGGCGGUGAUCGCGUGCAUCUGGUCCUGUUGUGUGGCAUCGGGCGUGCUCUUCAUUAUCUACUCUGAGAGCACCACGGUCCUCAUCUGCCUCAUCACCAUGUUCUUCACCAUGCUGGCGCUCAUGGCCUCGCUCUACGUCCACAUGUUCAUGCUGGCCCGCCUGCACAUAAAGAGGAUCGCCGUGCUGCCCGGGAACAUUCCCAUCCGCCAGCGUGCCAACAUGAAGGGCGCCAUCACCCUCACCAUCCUCCUGGGCGUGUUCGUAGUGUGCUGGGCUCCCUUUUUCCUCCACCUCAUCCUCAUGAUAUCAUGCCCCAGGAACCCCUACUGCGCCUGCUUCAUGUCGCACUUCAACAUGUACCUCAUCCUCAUCAUGUGUAACUCUGUCAUCGACCCACUGAUCUACGCCUUCAGGAGCCAAGAGAUGAGGAAGACCUUUAAGGAGAUCUUCUGCUGGUACAGCCUGCCAAACCUGUGUGUGUGCGAGCUGCCCGGGAAAUAUUGAACUACCGAACAAGCCGGGCAUCUGUCAGAGACCCAGUAAGUGUGACAACUGCUGAGGUAGCAUCUGCGUCUGUGUCUCGUCACAUGAAAGAGCUGAGAGGUUGUAUAGGCUACAUUAUGGUGUAACGGUGUAAAUAAGAUCAGAUGUUUUUUAUUGCCACCAGAUAGGUGCAGUUUAAAUGUGUUGCUUUACAGGGUCAGCCAUAGUACAGAGCCCUUGGAGAGAAUUAGGUUUAAGUGCCUUGCUCAAGUGCACAUGAACAGAUUUUUCACCUUGUCGGCUCAGGUAUUUGAUCCUUCGGUUACUGGCCCAACACUCGUAGGUAGGUAGCCUAACAACGGUUACAUGUACAGUAUGGUGUAACGACUACAGUAUGGUGGAAGUUGAGGGUGACGACUGCUAAGGAAGCAUCUGCCUCUCCUCACAUGAAAGAAACCGCCUAAUUGUGAUUGGUGAGAACUGAUUUAUCCUCGUCCUGCCCAGUGCUCCAGAACACUGCUGUAAAUUAUUAAAAGUAGUCUUCUAAAUUGGUUCUGGUUACUAUGGCUCGGGUUGCCGAGGAGGUAGGUUGGUUUACAUACACCCUGUACAAAAACACAACAGAAAUAACAUUGCUUCUUUUCAGCACAAUAAGGCAUACUUUUGUUUGUCCUGAAAAAAAGUAACUGAACCACAAUGUGAGAAGAUACAGUAUGAUGACGAUAUGAGAAAAGAAGAUAGAUAUUGAAUAUUUAUAUUAGAAUAUUUAACAUUUUUAAAGAUAUUUGAAGAACUGAGUGGCAGCUGCCGAUGCACUAUAGUAUUUUUGAAGGAUAACAUAUAGCACUUAAAUUGCACACUAUAUCAUACUCUGAGAGUUUGGUAAGAUGGAAAGCUUCAAACAGAUCAUUCACCUCCCAUUUCAAAAACAUGCUAUUGCAAUUGGACAUUGCGAGCAAACUGUACAGGCUUCUAUUGUACAUAAACAUCCAAACACAGUGAUGUGUACGAUAAAUUCACAGCAGCAUAGCUGAACCCUUUAAAGUCUCCUUCUAACCCAAAGCUGCACCAAUUUUCCAUAAAAAUCCACAAGAACAAAGAGGAGUAGCUGAUAGGCAACAGAGUGCCACAAUAAGCCUGCAAAGUUGAUGUCCCCGUUUAUAAACACAGGGUCUCUACAGUUAUUGUUAUUUGUGGUCGUAACCAUUAUUUUUGAGUUAACUCAAUGAGGGGGGAGGGUAUGCAUUUUUUUUACAGUACAAGGGGAGAGUUAUGUAAAACUGCUUUCUACGUUCUGUCUCUAAAACAAGCACUUAUUGAAAUUACUUGUGUUGAGAAUGAAGCCUGUCAGGGGAGUGGAAUGUAAAUUUGCUUAAAAUCUACCUAUGCUGCUUUUUUUUAUUUAUUAUGUUUGUGUGGACAUGUGCAUUUAAACAGGCACACUUACAUGACAAAGACGUACUCUCAUCUAUAUUUUUAAAUCGUCCUCAAUAUGCAUUUAUCAAGUGCUUGGAUAAUAAUUUGCAGUGUAAAGUGUACAUUUAACUUCUUAUCUAUGAAUGUCUAUUUUGCUCUUUAUUCUAAAGUUGAAACUAUGUGAGUAUGUGUUUUUAUCUUAAUAUGAUGUUGUUUGUUGUUGUGGCCUUAAAUAGUUUGCACUGUGAUGUAAAAGAGAGAAAAGCAACUUGUCUUUUGUAGCACCUGUGUUAUGUAGGUAAGUGAUAAUGCCGUCGUUCUGUACUGUGUACUUCACCUUGGAGAUAAUGGACGACAGCCUCCUCCCUUCGCGAAGUACGUUUUUCCAAGGUAAUUUACAGAACUGAGACUUGUAUCCUGCUUAUAGCACAUGUGCCAACAAACAAUACUAAAGCACACAUUUACUGGUAAAUAACGUUUUCAAUUAUAUUUGGGUACUAAGCUAACCUACGUAAUUAUUUUAAGAUGGUCAUACCAUGGAUCAUGUAGAUAUUUGAAUUUUAGAAACCCUUUAGGCACCAAAAAAUGUAUGAAAAAAGUGCUUUGAUAAAAUAUUGAAUUUGGCCUUUACUCCUAUAGCCCAUAGAAGCGCAUAGGUGGAUUUGUGUUAUUUAAGUUGUUUUCUAGUGACAUUAAUUUGGAUACUUCCAGAACAAUGAGCUGAUAUGAUGCGUGAUUUUUCCUGGCAUAGAAAAGUUUGCCUUCUUGUAAGGACACUGUUCAUUAUGAGGAGAUCGAAUUGCAUAUUGUUGCUAGCAAACCUGCCAAUACGACAACUGAAUUCAACAAUAUCAGUUGCUGAAAACAGCUGGUCAAACUACAAACAUGUGUGAGGAUUUGACAGCAUACACAGCAAAUUCUCCAGCGUUAAGUCAACACUGAGAGUGUUAAAUUACCACUGAAAGAGUUGGACCAUUAUAUACACAAGUGUUAAACAAGUGUUAAAUUAACAUACUGCUUCGUGUAAAACCUUAUUCAAAUAUUUCCCAGAGUGCCUUUGAUUUCAAGUGACUUGUUAAGUUACCACCCAUGACUGUAUUUGUUAUUUUCAGAGACAUGUUUGUUGCAGUCAACUAUGUAAUAAGUAAUGAAUUUCCCUUUAUGAUCUACUAAGUGACUAUGUUGUCAGAAAUGUCAUAAUCAUGUUCUUCAUAAAAUUUGAUAUUUGGAUGAAACCAGAUUGAAGUCUGACAAAUAACACAUUAAUAAAAUGAUUAAGGGAAUAGGGUGACAUCAACCUAACUCUCAUUUUAAUACAUUGAUGUUAUCAUGAUAUUCUCUUCCCUAAUUUAAAUAAGUUCCACCUUGUUACCAACAUCGGGGAAGGCAUUUUUGCAGAGGAGCGUGUUUUAUGUAGCUAGAUAGACUACUCCACUCUAGGGUGUCAGCAAAUAUAUGAAAAAGUUUACACUAUUCACCUAUUAGGUGGUGGGCCAAAGCCUUAAAACGUUAAGUUGAUCGAUCCCAGUGUAUCCCAGACAGGAAAACAGUCUUAUGAUGACUAUUACAUUUGUUGGCAGUUAUUUUUUCAUAACUACAUUUCAAUACUCAGGCAAAUUUGCCGAAGGACUAAAGUUGGAACCAAUCAGAACACACGUACACACCCCUCAUGAUAAAGGCAGCCAAUGGCCUGAUUCUAUCAACAAUGUAAACACAGCCUGCUGUCCAAUGAAGAGGAACAGAUAAAAACUCAGCUACAAAUACCUAGGUGUCUGGUUAGACUGUAAACUCUCCUUCCUGACUCACAUUAAGCAUAUCCAAUCCAAAAUUGCAUCUAGAAUCGGCAUCCUAUUUUGCAACAAAGCCUCCUUCACUCGUGCCGCCAAACGUACCCUAGUAAAAUGUCACCGAUCCUUGACUUCGGCGAUGUCGUUUACAAAAUACCCCCCAACACUCUACUCAGCAAACUGGAUGUAGCCUACCACAGUGCCAUCCAUUUUGUCACCAAAGCCCCAUAUCCUGUCUAGGAUCAGCGUGGCGCUAGCGGCACACCCCCCCCCCCCC